AUGAGCAAAGAAGAGCCAACUCUCAAAAGUGAACGCAGAAAGUGUUACGAAGUGAGUACAACGGUCCCACCCGGGAAAAUGGACACUGUUUUCAGGCUCGAGAUAAAUACGUGGAUUGUGUGGAGAAGUUUCUGGAGCAGGGCAAAAGCGAGAAAGACGUAAGGCAUCAGAAGGCAGGCCACUGAAGAUUUCGAGACUUUUGCAGGCGACAAAGGGGUGCCGCGCCGAGCGCACCAACUUUGACGGAAACUGCCCGACGUCGUGGGUCAACCACUUCAUCCGCAAAUACCAGUUCGAGAAGUACAAGAAGAGUUUGGCCGACCAAGGAGUGAACAUUGCCGACAAAAAUGCGUUGGGCGAAUAA